AUGAGCUUCUGGAAGCUUGCGGCCAAGACGCUCGCAGUCGCGCCAACGGACGGCAUCGAAGGCAUUCUCGCGCCGCUCUCGCACCUCGACCCCGCACCCGACUCGCCAACCUCGUCCACCGCGCGAUCCGACACACUCUCGCCUGCAGAUGUAAAGGCGCACCAGGACGCCCUCGAUGCGCUCCUUGCAGAGCCAGAGCUUCUCUCGGAGAUCAAGAGCGGGUCGAACCAGCGGUUGACCGACUUUCUCGCUCGCAAGGAGGUCGUCUUGCGGCUCGGAGGAUGGGUCGUGUGGGGACUGGGACGAGGGUUCAUUGACAACGAGGAGGGCGAGGCUACGAACGGAACGGAUGGCGCGUCGCUCGAGUCGGGCAUCUUGCCAGACUCGCUCGAGCAAGGAAAGGUGCCCGACGAGGUACUCGCUGCGGAUGAGCGGAAACGCAAGGGCAUGGGAGGCGUACCCUGGCGAUGCGAAGACGAGGAGAAGGACAGUGAUGGCGAGGACGACCUCGAGAUGGGCGACGUAGCGAAGAAGAAGCGGUCAGAGUUCCCCCGAAUCUGCACGGAAGUGCUUAUUGCGAGCCCGCCAAGCUUGACCGACUCUCUCUUCCGUCACGAAGACGCCUCGUCGCAGCCGCACACCUGCCCUGCACCAGCAGAUUUCCUCCUGCCCUUCUGGGAGAGCAUCCUCGGCAGCACGGAGCAACAGCUCGCAUCGCGGACACAGCAAGUCGGAUUCUGGGUCAAGGUCAACGGCGUUCUGCUCGAAGGCCCGCUCGGCAGCGAGGUCCUCGCCCAGAUUCUCACCAUUCCGCAUCUUCCCCACCGCCUCCUCUCCCUUCUCCCUUACUGCUCGCCAAUCAACGAUCUCCUUCUCCUCCUUCUCCGUGUCUCGCGGCCACCAUCGCCCCUCAUUCCCUCCGUUGUGGUCCAGGCCAUCCGCAUGCUCGACCCGUCCUCGGCUCUCGGUCGAACAGGGCAUGCAGCAGGCGAAGAUCUUCUCCGCGGGAUCAUCGAAAUCUGUCUCGCUGUGCCGCGAAACAAAGACGGCUUGCCCGGAGCCGAUCAGCCCGGCGGCGGGUUCGGCGGGAUGGGCGGGGCGGGCGACAACGACGAGCCGAUCUUCCAGUGGCGCGACACCACGCUCGUACGGAAGCUGGCGGACGAGAAAAGCGCGAGGAUCCUGCUGGACUGGAUGUUGGCCGAACUGGACGAGCGAGGAUCGGCGGUGGAGGAAGAAGAGGAGGAUGCGGGCCGGACACCUAAACCGCCUUCAACGAUUCCUCUGCCCGAGUCGACAAACGGAUUGGACGACGAGAUGGACCCAGAACAGGUCCGACGAGACAUGCGCACCUCGUCGCUCGUCUCGGCUCUUUCGGUCUUCAUCGAGCUGAUCCGGAAGAACAACUCGGACUUCGUCGAGCAGCACAUGCUGGCAUGGGCGCGGCGGAAGCAGGCGGAUCACCUCGAGCGCGAGAUGCUUGAGGCGGAGGGCGCGCAGGUCGUCCUCGACUCCCGACAUGCGGAACAGGACAGGCCGGACGACAAGGGUCCUUCGGUUGUCGACCUGAGCGCGCUCCUCUCGAGCGUGGCGCAGCGGUUAGACGGUUUCCAGAAGCUGCUGAAGGAGCCUCGGAGCUUGACCGCGCCUAUCUCGACCGCUGGCGGAAAGCGCACUCCCCUCACCCUCGAGCGUUUCCGCAUUUGCGAGUUCUACGCGGAGCUUCUGCACUGCUCCAACAUGUCGCUCCUCAAUCGGUCGCAAGGAUCGGCUCUGCUCUACGACGAAGACGGCCACCUCGCUCGCGGCUGGCAGGCCGCCGACGAACUCGCCUCCGCGCUCGCCGGCCCCGCAGAGCACGACGACGAAGACGAUCUGGACCAGCCACGGCCACCUCCUAGUCCUGAAGUCCACCCCUUCCCCUCCAACUUCUCGACAAGCCCGAACGACCACGCCUACAGCCCUUACUCCGGCCAGUCCACGCCUUCUGGUCGCGAGUCUCUCGACGAGGAGUCUGGCGGCGUCUUGACAAAGUUCGAGGCGAAUCAGCUGCGAGCGAUCAUCGCGGCCGCAGAAGACGGCGGAGAGGAGGGGCAGGAGGACGAGGCUGGAGAGGCGAUGGCAGGUGCGCCCGGCAAGGCGGAGACUCCGAAGCCUGACGACCACCGAAGAAGUCGACAGUCGCUCUCGGCGGACGAUGAGCGCGACCUGCCGCCUACUCCAAGCGUUUACUCCGAAACUUCUCGCCAACUUCCCGCCAUCCCCCUCCCUCCUGGUCCUAUGCUCAAGUCGAAGUUCCUCGAGCACGGCGUCGUACCCACGGUCCUCAACCUCUUCUUCGAGUUCCCCUGGCACAACUUCCUCCACAACGUCGUCUUCGACCUCCUUCAGCAGAUCUUCCACGGUCGCCUCGACCGAUCCCUCGACCGACAACUGGCCGAAAGCGUCUUCGUCGACGGUCGACUUUGCCACCAGAUUCUCGAGGCCAACCGACGACAAGAAGCCGCCGCAGCCGAGCGACCGAACAUGCGGCUUGGCUACAUCGCACACGUCACGCUCAUCGCCGAGGAAACUGUCAAGCUCUUCCAGCGCUUCCCUAAGCUGCACAACGCCGUCGAGUCGGCGAUCCCGCAGCCCGACUGGGAGAACUACGUCUCGACCACGCUACGGGAGAUGCGCGAACGCGACAUGACGCCCUUCCACGGCGCCGGCAACAUCAGCCUCACGCUCAACAAAGCGCCCUCGUCCAGUUCGCUGAGCGACGAGGACGACGAGUUCCCAAUGAAUAGCGCCCGAGCGAUGCGGGCUCUGGAGGCGGCGGGCAUGGCUGGAGGCGGCUCGGCAGUCGACGAGGGUGCUUUCGGCGGUCACAGCAAGCCGGCGAACGGCACGGACGCCACAGCAUCUAGCAGCUUGACCGAUCAGUUCUCGCGCUACCUCGCUCAAUCCUUGACAAGCGACCGAACCGUCGGCAGCUCGGACGAGGACGACGAGGACGACAACUGGCUCGGCGGCAGUCGCUUCGACCCGGGCGACGUCGACUUCGAGCUCGACACUGCUGAUGGCCAGGCGCCUCGCUCCUUUGGCUUCGACGACCGCUUCGACGCUGCGGGACCUUCGGCCUUACGCUUCGGCACUUCCGACAGCGAUGAGGAGAGCGAUUGGGCACCAUUCGAAGGCGCUUCCUCGGCUCGGCCAGCGGACGCUUUCGGGUCAGACGACUUCACCCCGACCAUCGCAUCGGCCUCUGCCGCUUCGCCUACAGCCUUCGGGUCCUCCUUCACCGUCGCUCCCGCAAGCUCGACCGACGGAAAGUCUGGCGCAGCAGAAGACGACGACUUUGGCGACUUCGAGGCUGCCGACGCAAGCCCGUCGAUCGAGAUACCCACGAUGGACUCGUUCGACGACUUCGACUUUGGCGAGCAAGGACGCCUUGCUGGCGGCGUCGACACCUCGGCCUCGUUCGGCGGCGCGACGAAGCUGGCUCAAUCGAAGCAGAACUCGACGGAGGAAGACGAUGGAUCCGAUCGUUUCGGCCGCCUCUCCCUCGGCGAGCACUCAAAUCCGAACAGUCCCGCGCGCGACACGCCCAACCUCCCGAGCAUCGAGGGCUUCGCGAGCGCUGUCGGCCCCGACCAGCCAGACGCUGACCGGGCAACGUCGCCGGGCGAACCGCUUGGCCCUUCCAUGCACCCUGGCGCCCAGCUUGCGCCAGAUGGCCAGAUGAUCGAGGCUGAAGUCGAAGGCAAGAAGGUGCGAGUACCGGCGGACGACAUUGUUCUCGCGCAUCGGCGGCACAGCUCGGACGGCAGUUCUCGGCGGUCGUCGAGCGAAAACGUUCGGGAUUGA